GUAUAAAAAGGAGAUGGGGAGAGCGAGCACUCUCCAACUCAUAGUGAGGUCUGGCGUUAUCAUAAAAAGACUCUGAAGAUGUGGAAAGCCUUUGUCUUGAUUCUCUGUGUCACGCUGGGGUCAGCCUCAUGCCCGGAGAAGUGUCGCUGUCCCGUUGAAGUCGCCACAUGUGCGGCGGGAGUCGGUGUCAUGCUGGACACUUGUGGAUGCUGUGAAGUUUGUGCCCGGCAGCUCUUUGAAGACUGCAGCAAGACGCAGCCAUGUGACCAUGCGAGGGGACUGGAGUGCAACUUUGGAGGUGGAUUUGGUUCUGCCAAGGGCAUCUGUCGAGCUAAAUCAGAUGGAAGAACGUGUGACUACAACAACAAGAUAUAUCAGAAUGGAGAGAUCUUCCGUCCAAACUGCAAACACCAGUGCACGUGCAUGGACAGUGCUGUUAGUUGUGUCUCUCUGUGCCCACGUGAGCUCCUGCUGCCCAAACUGGCUUGCGUCAAACCCGGACGGGUCACGGUAGCAGGACGGUGCUGUGAACGGCUCGUCUGCACUGAGAAAGUGAAGCCACAGAGUUCUGGAGGGAAGAAGCACAGAAAGAAGGAGAGCAAAGACAGAGCAUCUGAAGAUGACCUCACCAACAAGAAUGAACUGGCCCCAGAGUGGAGAGAAGAAUCAGAGCCUUUGGCUGCUUUCGGGAGUCACCCAGUGGGCCACAAAGUUGCCAUAGGAGAGAAGUGUGUGUCUCAGACCACAGCCUGGUCACCCUGCUCCAAAUCCUGUGGUGUCGGAGUAUCGUCCAGGGUGAACAACAGCAACAGGCAGUGCAAACCGAAGACAGAAACUCGCAUCUGUGAAGUCCGCCCGUGUAACCAAAAGACGAAAGGUCAGAAAUGCAGCCACGUAGAAAAGGCCGGCCGUCCAGUGAAGCUUUCCUACGACGGCUGCCGCAGCCUUAAGAGGUUCCAGCCCAGACACUGUGGGUCUUGCUCCGAUGGGCGAUGCUGCGCGCCUCAUCAAACCCAGACAGUACCUGUGCACUUCAGGUGCAGAAACGGAGCGACCUUCCGCACGAUGGUGAUGAAGAUCAAGUCUUGCAUGUGCACCCUCAACUGCUCUGGCAGUGAUGGAAAGAUGGAAAACAACCUUUACACACUUAACAAACAUAUGCAUUAAUUGGAAAUGCAAACGUCACUAAUUCAGCAAAUAAAAUGCAAUGUGGGGUUAGAGGAA